GCGUCUCAAAUAAAACCAACCGUUCGUCCAAUUGUUGCUUCGGUGCACAUUUUUGCCACGCAAAGUUUUUCAGUGAAAACCUGGACCAUGAGUUUGUUCAAGAAACCGGCAACGGGGCCGCGCAUGGCGGAUGCUCCUGCUGCUCCUGCACCGGACACGACGAAAACUAGUUUUGUGGAAGCGAACAAAACCGACACAGAGAAAGUGCAUUUUAAACCUGGAAAGUGGCGCAAGUCGUUGGUCCUGUUACGAGCUUCUAUUCACCGCGAUGGUUCCUAUCCAACCGGUGUGGGUCGGAAGAUUAGCAUCAGCGUGAACGAUUACCGCGCUUCCCAUUCCCAUACGGUGAACGAGAGCACCCACAUUGAAUCGACCAGCAUACUCGCCGAAGAAAACGACAAUAUCGCUUUGGACCACGAUGUAACCGUGCAGCAGUUCAUAGGGCCGUUGGCGCCCGUAAUUACCGUGGCCGAUCACUGUUAUCUGCGAAUGCGCAGUCCGAAGGAUGAAAUAUUGAAACGCUGCAAUCAGCAGAAACCGAUCACGUUCGAGGAGUUGUUUACCCGUCUCGGCACGGUCGUUAGGAAAAAGAUAGGAGAAGGUGUUUACGGCGAGGUGUUUGAGCUGGGCAAAGAAGGCACCGACCAGCGGUCGGUCCUGAAGUUGAUACCGAUCGAGGGCAGUUUGCUGAUAAAUGGAGAGAAGCAGAAAACCUUCGAAGAAAUCGUUUCGGAAAUAAUCAUUUCUGCGGAGCUGAGCAAUUUGCGUCAACGGAGCGUCAAUGGAGUACAAUUUUCCACCGACGGAUUUAUCGAGCUGCUGAGCGUUAGCUGCAUCAGAGGAACGUACCCGAAGUCUUUCAUUGACUUAUGGAAUGGUUACGCCGACAAGCAAGGCACGGAGAAUGACAAUCCCGAUCAGUUUCCCGCUGAUCAGCAUUACAUAGCGUUUGAGACGGCCUUUGGUGGGUGCGAUUUGGAUGGGUUUCGCUUCAAAAAUGCCCUGCAAGCGUUUGCUGUUUUCUCACAGAUCGUUCUGUGCCUGGCGGUGGCCGAGAAACGUUUCAAUUUCGAGCAUCGUGAUCUUCACACGGGAAACAUCCUUGUACAACGGACGGAUGAGACCGAGCGAACUUACUAUCUGCUGGGGGAAGAGAUAAUAAUUCAAACCCAAGGCCUGAAAGCAACCGUCAUCGACUAUACGCUGUCCCGGAUCGUGUACAACGGGCUGUACCUUUUCAACGAUCUGUCGAAUGAUGAGGAACUAUUCACCGCCGAGGGUGAUUAUCAGUUCGAUAUUUAUCGCAUGAUGAAAACGGCAAUCGACAACCGAUGGAGUUCGCAUGAGCCAAAAACGAACGUCUUCUGGUUGCACUAUUUGCUGGAAAAACUCAUUUCGUGCAGAAAUUAUCGGGACAAAGCGAGUAAAGUCCACCGCGAGAACAUGGCAUCGAUGAAGGAGCUCAGCGAGGUGCUUUUGGAGUUUUCAAGCGUGCAUGAAAUCGUACAGGAAUUCUUUAGUUCCGAUGAAAGGGAAGCGAAUAAAGAAAAUGAGUAA